AUGUCAGCGAUUGUAUAUGAUCCAACGGAGCUGGAACUCGAUCGUCUCUUUGAUCAAUUUAUCCGCGAUCUGGGAACGACACGACGCGGCAGAAGGCAAGGUGGUGGUCAACGCAAAUAUGUUCCAUCCAUUGAUCUUUAUGAACAAGAUAAUGAAUAUAUCGUGACCGCCGAGUUACCCGGUCUUGACAAAAACGAUAUAAACGUGGAAGUUCGUGAAAACUCUCUCAUACUUUCAGGCGAAGCUAAACGACAUGAAAAAUACGCUCAAAACAAAGCUCACAUCCAAGAACGACGUUGGGGUCGUUUCUCUCGUACUAUUGAUCUGCCAAAGGAGAUAAAAAGCACAGCAAUAGAGGCGAAAUAUAAGGACGGAGUUUUAGAACUAACUAUUCCCAAGAGUGAAGCCGCCCAGCCCAAGAAGAUCAAAAUCGGCUAA